AUGACAGUGGAAGAGUACGACAAGUUCUUGUUAGAAAAGAAAGAUGGUAGAUUCAGGCGAACUGGAAAAUGGGAAGGCACGCAUAAAGGGAUAGCACAUGAAUGCAGUGAUCCUGAAUGUGCACGAACCUGGAAGCCGUUACCCAUGCAAUGCUUGACCGACGAUUAUUACUGUCCUCCCUGUGCGCUUCAUCGCCGGAACAAUAUGAAUCGAUUCUCGGAUGAAAGAUUGAAAUGGACAGCGGACGUACCAAAUACAUUCUAUUUAUUUUCUCUUGUUGAUCCAGGGAUAGAAGUAAAAGGCAAAAAUGAAGGGUCUCUGAUUAAAUUUGGCCGCACUCAGCAUAAGAAUGCUUUGAAAAGAUAUCCUAGAGCGGAACUGAAACAGUACCAAAUGAAACUCUUGUUGAGUUUACGUGGAAAAUUAAUUACAAGGACCAGAAUUGAAAACUGGUGGAAAGAGCAAGCAAAAGAAAAAAAUUCAGAUUAA